AUGUCCUGUGGGACACCCCGAGGGACACGGACAGCCUCGGGGCGACAGGGCCGAUGUCCCCGGAGACUUGGGGACAAGGCCAGCCCGGGAGAGACAUUCCUGCGGCCACGGGGGGAGGCGACACCCCUAGGGGCACAGGGACAGCCCCGGGGAGGACAGGGACAGCCCUCGGGGAGCAGGGCCGAUGUCCCCAGGACUGUGGGACACCGACAGAGGGGUGGGGACAGCUCUGGGGGAACAGGGACAGCCCCCCCGCCUUCCCUGCCUCAGUUUCCCCUCCCCUCGCUGCUUACUCAUCCCUAUCGAUCCCAUCGAUCCCACCGGGGGCGGGGGGGCAAAACAACCUUUUUUUCACCCAAUUUUGAGGCCCGCACUGGUUUGACCCCACCCCCCCCCCCCCCCGGCCGUGAACCCCGCACCCACGGGUGCUGCGGGGAGCGGGGGCAGCGGCCCUGUCCCCACCCCAGCCCUCUUUGGGAAACUGAAAAUAAAAUGUGGGGAAGCAGCGCCGGGGGGGCCGGGGGGUGGGCGCGUGCCAAGGGAGGAGGAGGAGGAGGGCAGGACAGCCGGACACGGGCGGAGGGCGCAGCACCCGCCCCGCGCUCCCGCAGCACCCCCGAUCCCCCCCGGGGCCAUGGGCAUCCAGGGCAUGGAGCUGUGCGCCGUGGCCGUGGUCAUCCUCCUCUUCAUCGCCGUCCUCAAGCAGUUCGGCAUCCUGGAGCCCAUCUCUGUAGAAGACAGCAGCGACGCCGAGGUGGAGCUCCCGAGCAUCCGGCACCAGCCCGAGGGGCUGGAGCAGCUGCUGGCUCGCACCAACUUCACCAAGACGGAGCUUCAAUCCCUCUACCGCGGCUUCAAGAACGUGAGUCUGGGGGUCCGUCGCCCCGACCCCCCCAAAUCCGCGGGUCCCCGCUUCCCUCGGGGUCACCGGCGCCGCUCCUCUCCCAGGAAUGUCCCAGCGGCCUCGUGGAUGAGGAAACCUUCACGCUCAUCUACUCGCGGUUCUUCCCUCAAGGCGGUGAGUCGGGGGGUCCCCAGAGCCGGCAGGAGGGUCUGGGGGGGCCCUCCGGGAAACUCCCGACCCCGGUGCGGGGGAGUCACCGCCGCCCUCCCCCCGCAGACGCCAGCUCCUACGCCCACUUCUUGUUCGACGCCUUCGACGCCGACCGCAACGGGGCUCUCUGCUUCCAGGAUUUCGCCAUGGGACUCUCGGUGCUGCUGCGGGGGACGGAGCAGCAGAAGCUGAAGUGGACGUUUGACCUCUACGACGUGAAUAAGGACGGCUACGUCACCAAGGAGGUGACCCUGGGGGACACUGGGAGACACUGGGGGGCUGGUGGGGUGGGGACACCCAGACAGAGACCUGGCAGCGCCCUGUGUCCCCCAGGACAUGCUGGAGAUCAUGAAAUCCAUCUAUGCCAUGAUGGGCCGCUGCACCGAGCCCGCCCUGGGGGCCAGCGCGCCGGCCCAGCACGUGGAGCUGUUCUUCCAGGUGAGACUGUCCCUACUGUCACCCCCGGGGCCACUCUGAGGCCAGGGGUGGCCCCGCUGAGCUCUGGCCACUCCCUUGCAGAAGAUGGACAGGAACAGGGACGGCGUGGUGACCUUCGAGGAGUUCCUGGCCACAUGCCAGGAGGACAAGGACAUCAUGAGCUCCAUGCAGAUCUUCCACAACGUGCUCUAGACCCCGGGCCCCCCGGAGUUUUUCUACUAUUUCAGACAAACAAGAAGUUCAAAGUCAGGAGAAAUCCAGCACGUGGCUCCCGGAGACGGGAUAGGACAAGGACAAGGACGACGUUGCCACCAGAGCCCCCCCGGCACGGUGCUCCCACCUGCCAGACGGACCCGUUUUGGGGGGCUGAGCCUCCCCUCCACAAGGACCCCCCACCCUUGGCAGUGCAGGGACCUGACACAGCACAAACCCGACCCCAGGGUGGGGACCCCCGGGACAUGGAGACUGCCUGGGACGUGAGGACCCUCAGAGAUGGGGACCCCCGGGAUGUGGGGGCUCUCUGGGUGGGGGUCUCCAUAUCGCACCCAUGAAAUGGAGCCCCCAAACACCAACCGAAAGCACACAGUCCUUCCUUCCCCCAACACUCAGGGGACCCCCCCAUGAAGCCACAGCUCCCCCUCCCCCAGGCGCGGGGAGAGGGGGGGAUUUUAUAAAUAAACCGAAUAGUGACGAAUUAGGGGUGAAAUUGAGUCAA